GUUAAAAGAACUGAAUGAGACACAUCGGAAGGUGGAGCACGAGAUCAAAAUCGCAGUAUUUACUCUUAUUAAUGAGAUCAACAAGAAGGGCAAGUCUCUGCUGCAGCAGUUGGAGAAUGUGACCAAAGAACGCAGUUUGAGGCUUGUGUCUCAGCAUAAGGAUACCACCCACAUGGCCCAACAGAUCCACCAUGUGCUCAACUUCUGCCACUGGGCCAUCACUACCGGUAGCAGCACGGCGCUGCUCUACAGCAAGAGGCUG